AUGAGCGCAGAAGCUAAGGCUAAAGAUUUUCUAGCGCAGGGAGAAAAGGCUCUCAAAAAGACCUCUUUUUUCUCGUUUGGAUCAAGCUCGCAGCGAAACGAAGAUGCCAGUGAUUUUUUUGCGAAAGCUGGCAAUCAGUUCAAGAUUGCCAAGAACUGGCAAAAAGCGGCAGAGGCAUUCGAAAAGUGUGCGCGCUGCCAGUCUCGCAUGAAUGAAAAUUCGCGCGCUGCACAGUUCUACCAGCAAGCAGCAGAGGCGCUGGCUAAGGUAAACCCUAUGGAUGCGAUGGUGCACUAUAAGACAGCCAUCUCGAUGCUGUGCGAUGCUGGCCGCUUUUCCAACGCUGCUAAACUACAAAAGCAGAUUGGCGAAAUAUAUGAGCAACAGGAUAACAAGGAAGAAGCGCUGGAGGCCUAUCGUCAGGCUGCCGACUACUUUACAGGAGAGAAUCAAGCCUCAUCGGCUAACAACAUGAUGCUCAAAGUUGCACAGUUCUCGGCCGAGUUGGGAAAAUACGACGCAGCUUUGGAGAUUUAUGAGAGCAUUGCAAAGUCGUCAAUGGAGUCGAACUUGCUUAAGUUUAACGCGAAGAAUCAUUUGCUGAAUGCAGGCAUCUGUGCGCUGGCGACCAAGGAUAUGGUUCUUGUGCAGAUGAAGUGGGAGGAGUUCCAGGACAUCGAUUACACUUUUGCAGAUAGUCGGGAGGGAAAGUUCUUGCAAGCCAUGAACCAAAGUUACGAAGCGUUCAAUGCCGAUGCAUUUGCGGACGCCGUGUACCAAUACGACACGAUCUCAAAGAUUGAGCCAUGGAAAAUAACGCUCCUGUUGCGCGUUAAGGAGGGAAUUGUCGGGGAGGUGGAUGUCGCUCAGGACCUGACUUAA